AUGCCCGGAGUAGACGCACUCCCUUCGGAUCGCCAUGGCGACGCCGUCCACGCCAUUGGAGGAAGCGAUGUAGUGAGUGGAGAGGAAGUGAUGGAUAUGGAGCUGCUGCUGGAUCCGUCUGAGUCUCCGUUCCUUCUCAGCUCGUCGUUUCCACCGGAGCUGAACGGAGAGGACACGCAGCGACUGGACGACAGCUGGAGCCAAGAUGGCGACCUGCAGGGAUGCGGCCAGUUGGAGAGAAGAUGGAUCCUCUGGCACGGGUUUAUGAAAGAACACGCUCACCUGGACGCUUGGCUGCGAUUGGCUGAGCAGGCCGUCGGUUCACCAAACUCUGCUCAUGUUACCUACGUCACUGCCAAGGAGGAGCUGAGGAGGUUUGAGAGGCUGCGUAGUGAGGCGGGGUCUCGUCUCGUGCAGCUGGACAGUCUGACUCAGAGGAACCGGACGCUGACUCGGCUGUUUCAGGGAGCGAUGCAGGCUCGGGUUCUGGCCUCAGCGAGGGACAGCGGAGCACGAUGGGACCAAGUCAACGCCAGACUGGAAACCGUCACAUCACAGCUGAAGCUGUUCGUCUCGGAGUGGGAGGGGUUUGAGGCGGAGCGGGAGGAUCUUGCUGUCUGGUUGGCUGACCUGGACGUCCGUCUGACUGAGGUCGAACACCUGACAGGAAGUACCUGCGAGAAGCUGAGACGACUGCAGUCCUUCCAGCAGUGUGUGUGUGUGAACUCGGACCGUGUUAACGCCCUCCUGCAGCGCGGCGAGGAGUUGAUCCAGCACAGCGAGCCGAGCGACGUCCAGCAUGUAGAGAGCCGCCUGCUGGAGCUGCUGCGCCGCUGCAGCCACGUCUACAACAACAUCGCACGGACACACACACGACUGCUCAGCAUGAGACUGGUGUUUGAGGAUGACUGGAUCCUGUCUCAGGCUACAGACUCCGGUUGUCCCUCAGAGACGUUAUUAGAGGAAGAAGGAGCGCUUGAUAAACCAACUCCUCCUUCUCCAUCCUCUCCUUCCCAUGAGCACCUGGGGCUCGAGUGGGACCCCUCGGUCGACAUCGGACGCUCCGUCUCCCGUGACGACGCAGACUCUUCGUAUUUCAGCGCCAGCACAGUGUCCUCUGUGUCCUCCGUGUCCUCCGUGUCCUCCGUGUCCUCUGUGUCCUCUGUGUCCUCUGACGGGGCUCCUCCCGAGGAUCAGUGGGUGACGUCGACCCCUGACGGACAGAAGAGCGAGCCAAUCAGCUUCGACUGCUGGCGUGUGAGAGCGUGGCUCGGCGUUCAGAGCGCCGUCGCUCCAGAGAGACGGACUUCCUGCUGUAAAGCCGUUCAGACUGACGGAGAGAGGAAGAGUCUCCUGGUCGAGAUAAGAGAUAAUAUUACCAUGACAGCGGCUGAGGAGACACAGCUGAAGAGGGUCGACUCUUCAGACGAGGGAUCAGCUGACGUAGAACACAAAAGGCUCCUGGAUCCAGAGUAG